AUGGAAGAAACGAACAGGGAUAAUCAAUUGUUUUCCGACUUGGAUUUUUCGACUUUGGGUAUUGAACCAGACACAAUCUCUCCAGGAAUUCUUCAAACAUCGGCUGCUCCACCCAAAAUCGGAAACCGCUUCUCGUCUGAAAGCGUCAAGAUCUUGAGAAAUUGGUUCGCGGCCCAUGAACGGCAUCCGUACCCGAGUAUUCAAGAUGUGCAGGAUCUUCAAGAACAAACCGGUCUCAACAGGCAACAGGUUGUCAAUUGGUUUGCCAACGCCAGACGACGAAUGAAAGUUCAUUUGUCCAGGCCGACAUCGCCCAUGUUUCGAAACGACGACUCGGGAAACUCUUCCGGUCAUCACACACCCAUCGAUACGCCCAGACGACGACCUACUCCUGCCCCCUUUGAAGCCAUGAAUCCUCUCCAGCGAUGGGCCAAUUCUCCCCCAGAACAUGAAGCUGCUACCGUCGAUGACAUUUCUCGGGCUGUCGCGGCUUUCGGAAGACAAGGUCGCACAAGAAGCAACGGGUCAUCGAUAAGCAGCAGAGGAACAUCUGUAUCCAGUCAUGAUUCCGGAUCUUAUAGUUCUGCUCAUUCGAGACAAUCAUCCACUUCAUUCGACAUUUUUAAACGUCACGGCCGCAGAAGACGUACAAAGAUGAGAAGACAAGAAGUCAGAACUAAUCUGCUUCAAGCGCAAAACACAUACCAAUGCACAUUCUGUACCGAGACGUUCAAGACAAAGUACGAUUGGCAGAGGCACGAAAAGUCUCUUCAUCUUUCAUUGGAGAACUGGGUAUGUUCACCAAAAGGACCAACAGCAAUUCAUCCCGAAGAAGGGCUAUUGUGUGUAUUUUGUGGUCUGAAGAAUCCCGACAAGACACAUCUCGAUGGACACAACCAAAGCGCAUGCAUCCAAAGGCCCAUCGAAGAAAGGACAUACCACCGAAAAGAUCACCUACAGCAACAUUUGCGAUUAGUACACAUGUCCAAGUUUUUGAAAUGGCCCAUGGAUGAAUGGAAAGUCAUGACGGAGGAGAUUCGAUCGAGAUGCGGUUUCUGCGGUGUUAGUCUCACUACAUGGGCGAGUCGCGUGGAUCAUUUGGCGGAUCACUUCAAAGCAGGCAACACGAUGGAGCAUUGGAAGGGUGAUUGGGGAUUCGAGGCAAAAAUCAUCGAUAGGAUUGAUAAUGCCAUGCCACCAUAUCUUAUCCAUCACGAACGAAACUCGCCUUUGCCGUUUGCUGCUACAAAAGGACCAGCAGACACACCAACGAGCGCAUACGAGCUGAUCAAAUUAGAACUGGAGUAUUACAUGAGUAACCGUCAUCAACACGAUAUUCCUGAUUUGGAACUCCACUUUGAAGCAUGUUCAGUCAUUUUAGGUGCCGAAGUCAUCUCCAUCAACCCAGCAUCUUCGUCUCCGUCCUGGUUAUGGGAUAUAUUCAUGUCAUCUACCGAAAUCGCCAACCAAGCACGGAAAUAUCUUUGA